CCGAUUUAUGGAUAUAUCAGUUAUAGAAUCAUCUAAUACAUUUUCUCCUUUCAAUCCCUGAUUUUAUGAUUAUUUUAUAAAUUUUUAAUUUCGAAUUCGAAGGUUACAUGUUCACUUUUAAUAGUUUUUUACGAGAAAAUGUCUAACGCAGUAAAUAAUUCUCGUGCUCCUAAAAGAGCAAAGGGAAGAGAAUUUAAACCACGAGAGCCUUAUACCCACCGUUUACGUAAAAUUCUUGAAGAAUAUCCCGACGGUUCACAAGUUCUUCGUGAAAUCCUUCAAAAUUCUGAUGAUGCAAAGAGUACAGAGCAAAUAUUUAUUUUGGAUUAUAAUACAUAUCCAUCGGAUAGUUUAUUUGAACCAGAUUUGGUGAAUAAUUAUGAAAGAACAAACUUGAAACUUGAUAGAUAUCAAGGUCCUGCGUUGUUAGCAAAGAAUAAUACUAUUUUUAAAGAAAGGGAUUUUCAAUCCUUAUUAAAAUUGGCUGAUAGCGAAAAACGCGAUCAAUUUGAUAAAAUUGGAGUAAUGGGAGUAGGAUUUAAUUCAAUUUAUCAUAUAACUGAUUCUCCUUCUUUUAUUACUGGUGAUAAGUACGUUAUUCUUGAUCCACAUGAAUGGUAUUUUAACGGUGGCGUUCAAUUCGAUUUUGUCGAGGAUAAAUUAGCAAAAGAAUAUCCGGACCAAUUUGCUCCUUUCAGAACCCCGUGUAAUAAACCAUACGAAGGUACUAUCUUUCGUUAUCCUCUCCGUACUGAUGAAGAUUCUACCGAUUCAGAUAUUUCUAAAAAAGUUUAUAAGCCUGAGGAAAUUUUGGACAUUUUUCAAAAAUUUUACGAAAAUGAAAGCAUCAAUUGUUUAUUGUUUUUGAAAUAUGUUGAGUGUAUUUCAUUUUAUGAAUUAAAGGAAGGUUCUACUGAACCUGAAUUAUUAUAUAUGAUCAAACUGGAAAAUGCAGGCAAAGUUAGGAAACAACGACGUUUGAUAGUUGAAAACAUUGUAUCAAUGAUGAAUAAAUUACAAUCAAAAACUCUUGGCAAAAAUAAUCAAUUACAAGCGUCUUAUGUUGCAUCAUUUUCUCGACAACAGAAAGGAGAUUGUAAAAAUACUAGCUCAUGGUUAAUAUUAAAUUAUCUUGAUGAUUUAAAUGAAGCGGAAGCAUAUUUUCAGGAUAAGUUCAACAAGAAUAUAGUAGAGUACAAAUUUGUACCUAAUGUUGGUCUAGCUAUCCCUUUGGAAAACUUAAAUGUUACCGGAAGGUUAGUACUAAUCGGCGUUCUUUAUGGUCAACAGCAGACAAUGAAGACCUGGCGGCUGAUGCAUUAGCUCGUAUUAAAGUUGCAUGGAAUCGAUAUUUGUUCGAAAUUGUCUUACCUAAGGCUUGGGUGAAAUUUCUUCGUGAGCUUCCGCUUCUUAAAGCUACCAAUAUAAAGUCGGGUGAUUUUUAUAAAUUUUG